UAACAUGGCGCUACCCUGGGAGGAAUCUUUUUAACUUCAGUGGAAGGGCACGGACAAUUAAAAACAAGAUAUGAGGCUUCUCUUCAGAGUUGUCCAGCAAGCGCGAAGAGGCACACUACUGAAAACUGUAGGUAAUUUCUCCACCGUAUCCGACGUUUCGGGAGUGCACAGGGAUCAUGGCGGAAAGGGGGAUGCUUCUACAUGGUUGUGCGGUUCUUCCUCUCACAUAGAAGAGAGUGUGCGAAACUUUGUUGACGUUCAGGUAGACUUCAUCAACGAAGAAGAAGAGGGGGCAUUUCUGAAAGAACUGGACCUGAGCCUCAAGAAAAAGAAAUAUGAGUUUGAUCACUGGGAUGAUGCCAUCCAUGGCUUCCGCGAGACUGAGCGUGUCCAGUGGGGAGCGGUCUGUGGAGCAGUGAUUGGUCGGCUCCGAGCGCAUGCAUUCCCGCAGGAUGACCGACUUCUUGGUCCCGUCCAUGUGCUCGACCUCGAUAAGGCCGGUUACAUCAAACCCCACGUCGACAGUGUCAAGUUUUGUGGCAAUACAAUUGCAGGUAUCAGCCUUCUCUCAGACAGCAUAAUGAGACUAGUGCACGUGGAUGAAAAAACUCACUGGGUAGACUUGCUCCUGCCUCGGCGGUCUCUGUAUGUCCUCAGGGAUGAGGCCCGGUACAAAUUCACCCACGAAAUCCUGAAAGAUGCCGAGUCUGUCUUCGGUGGGAAACACAUCCCUCGCCAUCGGCGCAUCUCCAUCAUCUGUCGGAACCUUCCGGAAUGAAAACGGCGGGACUGCCACGCCACACGCUUCUCGACAUGUCUGAUUCUUCUAACCAUCUCAUUAAAUGUAUCAAUCAGUGAUAUAGAAUCAUUAAGAAUUGUAUGACUGCCCUAUCGGCGUGUAACAUUGUCAGGUUUAUUUCGCUGGGCAGCAUGAUAACGCUGGAUGAGAACUGUUUGUGUUAUUGUAUGAAAGUGACAAAAAUUCAAGUAGGCCUAAUUUUGUUGCCCAAUCAGUGUAAAUGUUAUUUAUUAAAGAAACUUGCACAAAUACAGUA